AUGCUUCAAACCCGACACCUUGCGACCGCCGAUCUUGCCGCAAAUACAGUCAAGCAGAUGCUCUAUGGCUUUGGAGACGUCAUCAACCCCGCACCAGACACCGUUGAUCUGAUGGACGAAAUGCUGCAGGAGUUCAUCGUCGAUCUGUGCCUCGAGGCCAUGAAGUCGUCCAACAACAAGGUCCUUCUGAACGACUUUCUGUUUGCCCUUCGCCACGAUCCCAAGAAAUAUGCCCGUGCCCAUGAGCUGCUGGAAAUGGCCAAGAAGAUUGCGCGAGACAAGCGGAUCAUGGACAUUGAGGAUUUGGUGGCAAAUGAGAAGGCGCUCGAAUAA